UGAUGUAAUUUAAUUUAGCCUUCAUAAUGUUACAAAGAUUCCCCUUGUUUAAAAGGGCCAUAUGAAUGUUUGAAUGCUUCUAGCACUGCCAAACGAAUCAGUGUGUGACUAUCAGAAAUAAGACUACUCACUAGUGCAUAUUCUAUUACAUAUGUGAUGAGGAAACUGUAUGGCUACAGUCCAGCUUAACAUUGGAACACCAUAAAAUUCAUUAACAUGCUUCCAGAGGUACUGGACCCUACCUGAAAAAAAAAAUCAUCGCUCUUCAAUUACACAAUUUACAAGUGUUAAAUGCAAUAGAAGUGACUUGCUAGUUACCUUUAAAAGAAGUCUUAUCAACUUUUGUUCAACAGAUGUGUUUUAUUAGAAAGGGCAAAUCCAGUAACUUCCCUGAAUCUGUAACGAGAUUAUCGAAUCAUAAAUUUAAAUAUCAAAAAAUGCUAUGCAAGCCAUGGUACAUACUAAAUAAGAAAAUACUAAGAGUUCAAAUGUGUUCAGAUACACUUCAGUGCAUUGUAGUAUCAAAGACUGGAAUUCUUGUCAGUCAGAAUGUCACCUAUAUAUAGAUCAAUAGCAUUCGGUUUUAGUACCGAAUUUGCCCGUACGGGUGGCACAUUUUUAGUUUUAAAAAAAUGUAGUGUGAACCUUAUGAAAGUUUUUCCACUUUGGGUUAAAAUACAUCGCUGUGUGUAGCUGAAUACGUAUGUAAAUAACUAACCUAUGUUGAUUUUUAAUAAAUACAAUUCCAUGAGAAUAUCUUGUUUAAUCAAAAUAUCUCAGCAGUAGUGUGAAGCUCAGUGAGCAGCACAGUUAUCUACAUCUGCCACGCCUGCUGCACUCCAAUGGUGAGGGGAAAAACUAGAAAUAAAUCAGCCAGCGUGAGCAUGUGCCAUGUACCGUGUUUCCUCCCUCGUUGUGAAUGUCCCGUCAUUUGGCAUCUUGCAAAAUUGUGUCUAUCUAGACAGGUUUUUAGAUGCAACUGUGCCCAAACAUUAUUCUUUUUGUAGGCAAUUUCCCAUGCUUUCAACCGAACAUUCCGUGACAAAAUUGCAGCUAUUGUUGGAUUUUGUAAGUGCACCUAUUAUAUUUCUCUGGUCCCACUCAAGUUUGCAAGUAAAAUGAGUGCUAGUUAUAGAAGGAACUGACAAACAGUAGCUUGCCACCACCUCUCUCCAUGGCAAAGGGAUGUGUAAAAAAAAUAAAACAAGGUAGACAAAAGGAAAACGAGGGUAUAAAAAUUGCAGUCUUUUCCUUUUGUCUACAUGUUUCCGUAGUAUACAAUGAAGGACCGUGGGUCAUCAUCACCAAUACUGUAUUUAAUUCUAGUGAAUAUAGUGAUAGAUACAUGGUGCGAACCUUAUUCAAGGGCAACCCUUACGGUGAAAAUAAUAAGAUCCCCCCCCCCCCCCCAUCACCCAAAAUUAAAGGUGUGACCCAAACGCAGUGGCAAACUUUCUGCUGGUAAAUACUGAUACCGUAUUUACCCGAAUAUAAUGCAAUGAUUUUUACCAAAAUUGCUGGAACUGAAAGUGAGUCUCGCAGUAUAAUCACAAACGUACGUCUUGCCGCCGGAGGAAUGUUUUGAAAGGCCCGGCGAGACAACUGUGUCAAGGUCACGGCGGGCGUCAGCGAUGCGGCUAAAACGUGAAGUAACAGCGCUGCCAGUCUCAGCUUGGGUCAGUAUUAGGUAGAAGCGAUUGUCGUUUGUUUGGUCGCUUGUGCUAUGUUACUGUGACGUAAGUUUUGUUUUACAUCGUAAGAAAGUGAGAGAUUUUUUAUAACAUGGAUACUGUAGAGAAGCGUGGGAGUACACGAUUCAAUAUGCCUAAAGGGCUGGGAAGAAGUUACGAUGCUAACUUUAAGAUUAUUGUGGCAAAUUAUGCCAUACAAACGAACAACUGCCAAGCUGCUUGGAAAUACGUCAGUGAAAGUAACGUGCGUAACUGGAGGAAAGAUUUGCAUUGUAUAAAUUCAGGGUGGCCACUCGACCUGGAAAACCUGGAAACCUGGAAAAGUCAGGGAAUUUUGUAGCUGCAGGGAAAGCCAGGGAAUUUCAUCAAAAAUCUGGAAAUUUUUUGUUGAAACAGGAUUUUUUAAAAAUAUUACUAGUAAAAUAGAAAAUGAAAGGUAGGAUUUAUGUUGAAUUUGUGUUUUCGAGACCUCGUAUUGUCUCGUAACAUUUUGCGGCUUUCAUACAUUAAGUUGGUGCACCUGUCUCGCUAUUAUUUUAUGGUUUGUAAAUCCGUUAUUCCGUUCUGUUGUUUGCAUGAUUAUUAGGCCUUGCAUAUAACCAUCUGCGCAUGGCUUGUUACAGUUAAAUGGAUAGUUUUUGUUGUAAAACUUUCUUGUGGCGUGUUUUUUUUUAAGAUUGUGAAUAAAACAAGUUAGUGUAUGUGUAUACAUUAAUUAAUCCUUAAAAACUGUGUUUCAUUAUUUGUUUUUGUGUAAAAAUGGCGGGAUACGUCGAUGAAGGCUGGCAAGUGUUUAUAGUUUUGGUACGUAAAUAUGUCGAUUAAGGCUGACAAACUUUUUAGUUGUGGUACAAAAAUAUUUAUUUGUAAAGGCAAAGUGACAAAUUUUCGUCAUGUCAUGCUCCAAACAAAAAAAAAACUAGCUUUAAUUAUAAAUGGCUUGCGUGUGAAGAUUUUUCACAACAUGGUUACUUGAAGACAAGUCAAAUAAAUUUUCGCCCGGUGUUGUUUGUGCAUGACUAAGUUCAGCCUAAGCAAUAUGGGAAAACAAGCCAUGAUAAGUCAUAUGAAUGGAAAAAAACACAAAGAAGCAGCUGCAAACCGUAAGAAGUGUGUGGAAAUAGACGUUCUAUUAAAACAUGGACAAAGCACAUCUGAAGCUUCGGUUAGUAAGUACCCAACGGAAGCCACUGAACCUGUUAGUCCAAGUCCAGUGACUGAUAUGCCAAAGAAAACUUUGCAUGCUUUUCUAUUAAAUGAUAGCAUGACCAAGUCUGAUAUAUAUUGGUGUUUGCAUUCUGUGGCAGAACAUAAUUCAUUUAGGAGUAGUGCUAGAAGUGCUGACCUUUUUCCAAUACUUUUCCCUGACAGUGAAAUAGCCAAGAAAAUUCAACUUAAGAGGACUAAAGUUGCAUAUACAAUAGUACAUGGGUUAGGGCCUUAUUUAAAAACACAGCUGGUGAAAUUGAUUUCAGAUUGCAAUUAUGUGGUUGUAGGGUUUGAUGAGAGAGUAAACAAGGUGGCUCAAAAGCAGCAGAUGGACCUUUUCGUAAGAUUUUGGGACUCUGAAAAAAAUGAAGUUUCAUUACAGUACUUUACGUCUGCAUUUCUUGGUCAUACAACGGCUGCUGAUUUGCUUAUCCACAUUAAAAGCUCUCUGUCUGAUAUAAAUUUAAGUAAACUUAUACAAGUGUCAAUGGAUGGCCCAAAUGUAAAUCAUAGAUUUUUGAAAGAUUUGUUGUUUGUCUUAAAAGGUGACGACCCUAGUAAGCCGACAUUACUAGAUAUAGGAUCUUGUGGUUUACACACUGUCCAUUGUGCUUUUAAAGCAGCUAUACGUGAAACUUAGUGGGAGAUAGUUGAAUUUUUGAGAGCAGUCUACAACUUAUUCAAAAAUGUACCUGCACAAAGAGCAGAUUAUAUACAAUACACAGAUACAAGAAUAUUUCAUAUGAAAUUUUGUUCUAUUCGUUGGGUAGUUGAAUUUUUGAGAGCAGUCUACAACUUAUUCAAAAAUGUACCUGCACAAAGAGCAGAUUAUAUACAAUACACAGAUACAAGAAUAUUUCAUAUGAAAUUUUGUUCUAUUCGUUGGGUAGAGAACAGCAAAGUUUCACUUCGAGCUAUUGAAAUUCUACCUUGUUUGUAAAAAUUUGUGGAGUGUGCAGUGCGGGAUAAGAAAGCAUAUACUAGACAGAAUUAAUGUUUUUCUGUUGUUUCAAGAUGUGUCAAAGACAACCUGUUUGGAGCAAAACUUUCAUUCUUUUAUUCUCUUUCAGGUUUGUUAGAACCUUUCUUGAGACAGUUUCAGACAGAAUCUCCAGUGGCUCCAUUUCUUCAUUCUGCUCUCUUCUCAUUGGUACUCACAUUGAUGGUACGUUUUGUUAAGGAAGAUGUCAUUAAGAAGAAUUUUCUUUCACCAGGCAAACUUAUUUUGAGCACAGAUAACUUGCUACAUGCAAAAAAUGUUGAUGUUGGUUUUGCUGUAAGAGAUGCAUUACAAAAAGCAAAAUUCAAGCAAUGUUGUCACCAAGCUCUAACUCAAUGUACCACAAAAUUGUUGGACAAGUCUCCUCUGAAAUUCAGACUAACUGAGGCACUGACAUUUCUUGAUCCUGCUGUUGCUACAAAAUCUGUUCUGUUCAAGAAAAAUUUGGCAUCAUGCUUGGAAAUAUUGGUGAAACACAAUUGGUUAUCUGGUGUGCAAGCCGACAGCAUUCAGCGUGAAUUACAUCUUCUUCUAGAGUCAGAAGAAGUGAUUGGAUGCAUGACUGCAUUUGAAAAACAUUCUCGCCUCGAUCAUCAUUAGAUGAAGUUGUUUAGUUCACACAAUGUUUCAAGCCAAGUAGUUAAUUUUGUUAAAUUUCUACUGAUAAUUUCUCAUGGAAAUGCUAGUUUAGAGAGAGGAUUUUCGGUUAAUGGUGACUGUUUGAUUGAAAAUAAAAAAUAACACAGCCUUGUGGCGUUAAGACAUGUGCACAAUGCAGUUACCUUAGCAGGUGGGGUUGAGCAUGUAAAAAUAACAAAAUCAAUGAUGCAGUUUUGUUAGGAAUUCCCAUGCAAAAUACCUUGAGGCUCUGCAGACACAGCAAGAGCUGGACAAAAUUGAACAUGAUAAACACCAAACCAAAAAGUGACAAGUAAAAGAACUAGAAUUGUUGGAAACAAAAAAAUGAAACUGGUAGAAGAUAUGAAGAAGGAAGUUGAUGCCAUCAAUGCAAAAAUAGACUUUAUAAAAAAAAUUGAAAGUUUAAUUUAGUGUGUGUUUUUUUAUGUACAUAAUUUUUUGAACUUUCAAUUUUUGAGGGUGUUAAAUAAUAAAGUGUCAAGUUGAAGAAUUUGUUUGUGUUGUGUGAUAUGCUACAAAAAUGCAAGUACCAGCAGCUUGAAUAGGUAUGUACCUAGGCCUGGAUAUAUCUCAAUUUUUGCUUUAAAUUUUAAUUAAUAUUAGAAUUUUAACCAGGCCUACACUGUGCAUUUGUUUCUAAUUUUCUUUGUUAGAAAUAAAUAUUUAGCAUGAUUUGUCUGCAUGUAUGUGUUUACAAUGGGCCUUAUUUUUAAAUUAAUUUUGCCGAUGAGUUUGACUGGUCAAAAAACCCUGGAAAAGUCGGGGAAUUUUUUCAGCUGAAUUGAGUGGCCACCCUGAUAAUGCAAGUAGUACCAGGAAAGCAUUCAGAGGGCCAAAAAAAGGAUGGUUCUCGGAUAUUGAAACCCGCGUUGUGAAUUUUAUCGAAGAGGAGAGACUGGAUGUCUAUUUCCCGAGAAGUAAUAAUUUUAAAACCCCUAGAAAUUGCCCGGGUGUUUAAUAUUCCGCAGACUAGCUUAAAGGCUAGUACUGGCUGGUGCGUGAGAAUGAUGCGCCGUUGCGGUUUUUGUUUGCAGCGCAGAACAUCAUUAGCACAAAAGCUUUCCAAGAGAAAUUGACUAGAUUUCAGCGUUUUGUGAUUGGUUUGCGUAAACAACAUGACUAUUUGUACGGCCAAAUCAGGAACGCAGACGAAACUGCAGUUUAUUUUGACAUGCCCCGCAACACUACCGUGAUACAAAAGGCGUCAAGACUGUUACCGUGCGCACGACUGGUAAUGAAAAGCUGCGAGUCACGGUGAUGUUAUCUGUUUUGGCAGACGGCAGGAAACUGCCACCAUUCGUCAUAUUAAAAGGAAAAACACUUCCCAAAGAAGCAUUUCCGCCGGACGUAUUCAUUCGUUGUCAAGAAAAAGGCUGGAUGACGAGUGAUUUGAUGCAAGAAUGGUUGCGACUUGUGUGGAAUCAGCGCCCCGGUGCACUUCUGAAGAAAAGGGGCAUAUUGGUUCUUGAUGCGUUUCGGGGACAUCUGACACCUGAGGUUAAAGCUGCGGUAUGUAAUUUUAACACAGACUUGGUUGUUAUUCCAGCUGGAAUGACAAGCCAGCUACAAGUCCUCGAUGUUGUGGUAAACAAGCCAUUAAGGACCACCUUCGCCAACAAUAUAGUGAUUGGCUGCUUGCAGGUGACCAUGCUCUCACACCGACUGGGAAAAUGAAGAAACAAUCAAUUCUGCAGCUAGCAAGAUGGAUUUCCACUGCAUGGAAAAGGAUAACUCCAGAUUCCAUCGUUUGUGGUUUUAAGAAGUGCUGCAUUUCAAAUGCCAUGGAUGACACUGAAGAUGAUCUGUUGUGGCAAAAUGAAGAUCAAGGCAGCAGCAGCAGCAGCAGCAGCAGCAGCAGCAGCAGCAGCAGACACUGACAGUGAAUGAUAUUGCCUUACCAGCAUCAUAACAAAUUAUGUUAAUUUUGUUAGUGUUGUGACAACUCAAAUUUAUAUUUGCCUGGGUAAGUUUAUAUAUUUAAUUUUUAUUUCAAAUUUAAUUAAAAAUAUUAAAAAAAUAAGUGCUAUGUUUUUUAACUAUGAUUUCCUCUCUAUAACUUUGUAUUUGAACUGUGGUUUCCUCUCCAUGAAUUUAUUUUUCUAGACACUCAAUCAGAAAGUUUGGGGGCACAUUAUAUUCAGAGUUGCAGUAUAUUCGGGUAAAUACGGUAUUAUAAAUUACUGCAUUAUGUUAGAAAAUCAACUAAAUCAAAUGUAAACAAAAUGAUAGACAUGAAGUUCAUUAAACACAAUGCAAGAUUUUUUUUGUAGCAUGAUAUAUUAUUUUUUUGGCUUAAACAAUAAAAUAACUAAAAUGCUAAGUGUAAAAAGCACGAAGAUAUGUUUAUUUUGUUGCUCACUUUUUUUUUCCAAUUUAAAAAUGACAGUCUUUGUGUCACAUCACGUAUUACAAAAAAGUAGCAUAUACCGUGUUUUAUCGCAGAAUCGUCGCACGCGCGUAAACGUCGCAUGAUGUUUUUGGUCCCGCUAGUAGAUGCCGAAUGAUUUGUGUAGGUAUCUUUUCUGUAUAAAACAGUGUAUUUUAAAGUAUAAAUCUAAUAUUUAUUCGGUCAUUACCACUUACUUAAUAAAUUAAAGGAAAAAUACGACGUUGAUUGGCGUGUAAAUUUUCUUAUAAAGACGUUUUUAAAAAUCAUUUCCUUUAUCUGAUCGUCUGCAUCACCGCGGUGUAGGUAUAAUCUAAAAUUUAAUUUCGGUCAUUACCACUUAUUUAUUUAACAAACGGAAAUACAAAGUUGUCUGACGUGUAAAUUUUCUUUUAAAGACUUUUUAAACGGUACUUCCUUUAUCUGAUUGUCUGCAUUACCGCGGCGUACCGCUUAUAAAAAUGUAGCCAGGGCAUCAUUCAUGUUUGGUUAUGUUGCUUCCCGUAUAGAGCGUGCGCACGUAGUCGAAUAUUGAUAUCUCGCCGAUUGGAUGCAACGCGCGCUCUCUGUCAGGUGCCGAGUUAACUACAUUUGAUAGCCCGCAUUCUUUCGUGGCAAGUGUGUACUACGACACGUUAGUUCACGUCAGAUUCUAGUGGCUUGCGUUCGCGUUAGAGUUUUUAAUGUUGAAGAAAGGUUUUUGUUUAAGGAAUUAUUAAUAUAGAUUAUUUGGCGUGCUCUUGUAUACUCCGCCUUUUUUUAAAUAAACGUACUUUCCAUGAACGGGUUUUGUUUUUAUGAAUAACUUUACCUAACAAAAAAAUUUUUUCUGCACAAUGGUCGCACCCCUACUUUUCAAACUUGAUUUUAGAAUAAAAUCUGCGACGAUUAUGCAAGAAAACACAGUAACCAGGUAUAAAUAUAUACAGUACAACCCUGUUAUAACAUUCUCCAAGGGACCAACUUAAAAAAAUGUUAUAAGCAGGAAAUCAUAAAAUUACAUCUUCACUUUGUAUAAAUUACGCGUGGAUUGAUUAAAUUAAAGAGUAAGGGUAAAACAACACAAAGUACAGGAGUAAUACACUAAGUAUAGCAAUAGAGUGGAAAAUUGGUUAAUUUUAUUUAUAGAUAAUACCUAAUAAUAUGCUAAAGAAAAAAAAUGUUUUGUACAAUACAGUUCAGAGUCAAAACAGAAAUAUUCAACUCUUUUGCAAUUGCAACACACGUUUUGUUGGGGUUCCUGUCCACUUGGUUAAUAAACUGAAUUUUUUCAGCUACAUAAUAUGAAUUUCACUUAUAUUUAUAGGCCAUCAUAGCCGUACAAUAACCUGAAUAAAAUUUCAAUACUGCAUAUUUUAAUUAAAUAUGACAGUGACUACAAUAGGUAAGUGAAAAAAAAUAAUUACGGUAAAGGUUAACCACAAACAAAAGCCGUGAAUGUAUCCAUAGAACAUUUAAUCAUCUCAAGGUGUUAAACCUUUGAAACAAAAACCAGCACCAUAGAAUACAGUAGCACUGUUUCCGACCAUGUAUCAGUGCACAAAAUACGCAUAAGUAUAACGGAACAAGUCAUAGGCUAAUGAGCGCAAACAGGACGCCAUAUUGAUAGUCAAUCCGGUGCAAGUUGUGGAGUGCGUGUUGUUAUGACUCGCUCUGAGCACUCUGGCAGCGGCUUCGAGGCUCGCCCUGAGUCAAACACGAGGUGUCAGCAGUUUCAACACCGCCAGCGAAACAGCGACGCGAGUCGCCGAAGGCCGACCGCCGCUGCGAGAGAAAAGAGGACAACACGGAACAUCAACACGGACGCGGACGGAAGAAUAAAAACGACAGCCACCGUCGAGAAGGGGCUUCUUCUGGUCACUGGCGACUGGACGGCUGAAGUCGUGACGCCAGAACCACGGAGCGCCGUGUCCUCGGCCGCCGCAGUCCGUCGUCGAAUUCCUGCCGCGAGCGCGACCCAGCACAGCGUGGGGGAGGAGCCAAUCAUGGAGUUCUGUCAGGGAAUCUGGCACCUAUUCAUACUCAGCAUGUUUGCAGUCAGUGUCAUCAGUAACAAUAUGCCUAGCUUUCGUACUCAUGCGGGUGUGUAUUGGCUGGAGAAAAAAGGCGUAAUUACAUAUGAGGAAUCGAUUCCCUUGCUAUAUAAAAUUCCAUUUUCACCAUCUAGUGAUAGCAAGGUAAUAGAGGAAUGGGAGAACAAGACUUGUUCCAUGACACAAAAACAUUUGUGUAGCAAUGCACAAGUAUUAAAAACAUUUGCGCAACGACUGGAAAACAGUUUUAAAACUGAUAACCGUUUUGAAUUUUUAGAUCCUACAUCAAGAGAGAGACGAGGUAUUCAAUUCCUGGGGGAUAUCGGUACAUGGUGUUGCAAUAUACUUACAGAAAAACAUUUACAUAGUUUACUCAUGAACGACAAGGUGCUCAAUGAGAAUUUUAAAAAUAUAUAUAGCGACGUGGCCACGACAAACACCAGAAUUAACGAGGUUACAUCGCAACUUUUACAAAUGGCGGACCAAACGAAACACAUUGUUCAUUAUUUAUCCGACACAAUUAAUAAUGUCACGACGACAUUAAACAAUCAUAAUGUCGUACUCAAUGAAGUAAACACGCUAACAGAAAUCGGACAAUUAUCAAUGUCGUAUUUCCUGCACUUUAUGCAUAAUAUACUGCGGGAACAGGAAAUUCAUAACAUACACUCGCAUUGUAAAGCACAGCAUCUACCAAUAUCAUUGAUCAAGCCGGUCCAACUUAAAUCCGACCUAAAAAAAUUACAUAAGGCAUUAAACCUUAUGAAUAUGACAUUAUCCUUGACGAGUCAAGACGUACUACAUUAUUACUCAUUACCAAUUACCGAGUGUACUAUGUCAGAUAAACAAAUAAUAAUAAGAUUACAUGUUCCAGUAAUACAUGCAAACACCCAAUGGAAACUGUUUGAGUUAAUACCUAUUCCUUUUUCGUAUAUGAAUGUUUCGUGUUAUUUGCAUACUAACAAAAUGCUAGUAGCACUGGACAUCAAUACACAAAACUUAAAAAUAAUCCCUUCUUCAUCCGAACACGACCACAACAUUUAUAAAAUUCCCAAGGAAGUGACUACGACACCAAUCGCACGAUGUAUACAAGCAGGCAUUACGCUAUCGAAUUAUUCACAGCUCAUGACGGUAUGCAAAUUCUCCUGUUACGAAAAGACAUCAGUGGUAAUUACACAUAUAUCCCCACAUUUUUAUAUAAUUUCAAACCACGAAACGGAUCUAACUAUACAAUGCCAUAAUGCGUCACUUAAUAGGGUCAUUAAGAACACAGAAAUCGGCAGCACCGAAUUGCAACUGCCAUGUGGAUGUGAAGUCAAAGAAUUAAACAAUGUCUUAAUUACACCAACCUACCUUUGUGAUAUAAAUUCGCCCAACCAAACCUUCUACCAAAAUGUUAUUCCCAUCCAAUGGAUAGACGACGCAUUAUAUGCUGUUGACCAACUGACAUUAUCCACAGGGAUCCACUUUUCAAAUAUUACACACGUUCUAAACCCGCAAUGGCAUUUGAAAUAUCUAAGUAAUGUGUCAAAUCAACAUUUACACACAUUGACACCUCUACCAACAGAAGAGACUUCGCAGGUAUUAGCCAUUUUUAAUACCUCAACAUAUUCUAUUUCAAUCACGAGUAUUAUAACUUUUCUGGUCUGCAGUAACAUUUUUAUGUACAUAAGGAUCAUUCAAAUAUCAGCGAUCAUAAGGGAAGAAAGUAGACGUUAAGCCCAACUGUAAUUACAUCUCCUCAACCAAUAGACACCCGCGGGAAAAAAAAAAAAAAAAAAAAAAGUGAGAGAAAAAUAAGAGUAAGUAUAAGGAUACAACAAGACGGCCGCAAACCCGUUCCAACCAGCAGCCAAGGUACAAGUAUAUAUGAAGAAAAAAGCACCUAUAUAGGUGCAAGUAAAAUAGUAAAAUAGUUAAUAAAUCCUUAUCCUAUAAACUUCCCUCGCCAUGGUACCAAUUUUCACUCCCGGGAGUUCACGUUAUGUAGCGCUACAGUGGACAAGAGUUAAGGGUCGACCCGUUUUUGUACAAUAAAAUAAAAUAAUGGUAUAAAUAUUGUAGAUAAGUGUCCAUGUCAAUAACUUACUGAGAUUUAGGAUAUGAGGAGUAGUUUAAUAAAAUAAAUUAUGAUAUUAGUAAUAGUUAAUACAAUACAUUAUAACUUACAGCUUAUAAUAUAGGAGGAUGACAUAUGCUAUAGAUAGUAGGGAAAUGUUCUUAAUUAGAUAUACGAAAGAAAAGGAUAUGUAUGUAUAUAUAAAAUAAGAACAUAAUUAUAUGGAAAUUGUUUUUAUGUCUCGAUACAAAACUUAAUUUUAUAUUCCAUUUGUGUCAAAGAUAUGUUCCUUUUAGAUGAUAUAAUUAUUAUCAUUCCUUUAUCAAUGUAUCUGUAUGUUUUUGUUGUCCAAAGUGGUUUGUAUUGUAAUUUGUAUAUUUUGUUAUAAGUUUGUCUUAAUUUUGUUUUUGUAUUUAUAAUUUAUUUCACCUUAUUUUAUAUAUUUUGUAUGUAGUAGUUGUCUUGUAUGUCGUGCACAACGUUUAGACUCACUUUGAGUGAUGCUGUGAAUGUAACAUUGGAUAAAUAAAUAAAUCAAUGAUAGAGUAAAAUUACGAAAAAAAAAAAAGAAAAAAAAAAGAAAAAAAAAUCUGGUUACCACACAUAUAGUCAGAGUAUGUUCAUAUGAAUUGUAUUGAUAUAUUUAUAAUACAACUAACAUGUAUCAAGUUGUUAACACGUUGAUUAUAUUAAUUUGUGUUUUGUUAUGUUAUAUCGGUUGUAAAAAAAAAAAAAAAAAAUUCAAUGUAAUCACAAAUCGGUACCCUCAGAAUACUAAAUAGAAAUGUUAUAACAACUAUAGAAAGUCUCGCUGUCACACCACGUCAGGAAUGCGAGUCGAUCCGCGUAACCGACCGCGAGAGAAGAAAGGACACGCGGCGCUCCGAGCGUGAAGGCACCUACAGGAAGAUCGGGUCCGCGGCCGAUGCAUCAAGACACCUACGUUCCCGCUCCAAGAUGCAGUUCCAGUGUCCUCUUGAACUAGGCUGAGGACAGCCUCUUAAUCCAACCAGGGGGAGAGUGUUAUGACUCGCUCUGAGCACUCUGGCAGCGGCUUCGAGGCUCGCCCUGAGUCAAACACGAGGUGUCAGCAGUUUCAACACCGCCAGCGAAACAGCGACGCGAGUCGCCGAAGGCCGACCGCCGCUGCGAGAGAAAAGAGGACAACACGGAACAUCAACACGGACGCGGACGGAAGAAUAAAAACGACAGCCACCGUCGAGAAGGGGCUUCUUCUGGUCACUGGCGACUGGACGGCUGAAGUCGUGACGCCGGAACCACGGAGCGCCGUGUCCUCGGCCGCCGCAGUCCGUCGUCGAAUUCCUGCCGCGAGCGCGACCCAGCACAGCGUGGGUAAGGAACCUGCCGAGGUGUGGUAGCGAGGCUCCCCGAUAAUUGUCUAAUUUGGUGACCGCUAACUCUAUAAUAGUAGAUGACAUUAAAUCAAGUCUCUAUAUUGAAUUGUCUUUCCUUGUUAGUCUUGAGCCCCCUAUCACCCUGUCUUAGAAUAGUAGAUAAUUAAGAUCAUCUAGAGGUUGAAUCAUAACAGUGUGUACCACGUCUUUGGUAAACUACACAAAUGUAAACAUCUGAUGUUUGUAUAUGCGUGCUGUAUUUUCUAGCUAUGGUUUCGCUCUAAAUUAUGACUUUGAAGGAAGGGAUACUGAAAAUUGUGGCAGUUAUCAAAGCAAAUUUGAACGUUAAAGGCGGGAAUGUAGAAAUUUUAAUAUUGUUACAGGCGGGAAAUUAAAGCAUUGUGAUAAAUAGAGAAAUGACAGGACCAUGAAAUUAUGGUGUUAUAGGCGGGAAAAUGUUACAAACGGGAAUGUUAUAACCAGGUUGUACUGUAUGAGGUAGUCUCUCUUGUAAACAAAGCUGUUUCACUAAAUAACUAAAGAUAUGAAAAUACAAGAUUAACUUUAGUAUUACCAUGCUCAAAAUAAAGAUCAACUUAUCAUGGUUGUUUCAUUUAUCAUUACUAUCAAUUCGUGCUGCAGCAGAGAUAAUACAUUAGAGAAAUUGAAUUAACAUAUUUUGUGUUUCACAUUUAUCUAUGACGUACUGUGUGAUUAGUUCCAAAUUGAUGCUGACAUGUUAGUUGGUUUUGACAUAAAACUUGGGUUUUCACAUUGUCAAAAUUUUGCUGGAAA